AUGUCAUUGUCACUCCAACUAUUUCGUCUUCAACGAAAACUCGCAAACUCUGAAGCACAGGUCAUAGAACUUGCUCAUCUCAUUAGGCAACUCAAAGAGCAAAAUACUCUUCUCAAUCACCAGCUUCAUGACGCUGAACGCGAGUUUGACUUUUAUCACGCCUGCCUCGACAAUCCUCCUCCUCCAGAUAUCGACUAUCCCCUGAUAUCAUCUUAUUAUCAAUAUCUUUCAUCCACAUACAACAACCGCCUGGAAGAGGUUAAUCCAACCUUUGAACACCAUGCCUCUAUCGCUGCAGAAUUAGAGCAGGCCCAACAAGAUCAGGUCACCCUUGAGGUGCAACUCGCUGAUGCUACAGCCAAUAAUAAAUCUCUCCAAUCGUCUGUUGCCGUUCUAGAGCAGCAACUGGCAGACGUCAAGCGAGAAUCCCAGGAAAGCGCCUCUGCCCACGCCGUCCUUCUAAACAAGGAAAAGGAUUCCGUUCACAGGUUGACCAUCACCGUUCAAAAAUCUCGCAUGGCUGAAGACGCCCUGCGUGCCGAGAUUAACGAGCUCACCACGGAAUUAACCGAGGCACAACAUUACCAACAAGCCUACUACGCUCUUGCAGACGAAGUAGGUUCCCUCUUGGCUCGAAACCAAAUUGCAGAGGAAGAGGCAACGACGCUCAGCAAAUUCAAUGCCCAAAUUUUGGGUCACAAUAACCCUGCACAGCGAAUCAUGUAUAUAGAUCGAAUACGAACAGAAUUGGCAGAGGCGAAACAUAACAUUGCCAUGCUGACUCGAGAUCAAGACGCUCUUGCAGCUGAGAACGAGAACCUGCAAAACGAACUCGAUAUGUACAAGUCGGUUACCGUCCCAAUCACUGACAAACCUCGAACAAACUUGACACGAAUUGCUCGAGUUCCUCUUGUUAAUCUAAAUAUCCACUCGGAUUCUAGCCUUGAAGAAUCCAUGUAA